AUGCUGUGUUGUGGGGUGGUGGUGGGGGGAGGGUACCAGGAGCAGGCUGGUCAGAGGGGCAUCUGGCCCGUAGGGCAGCUGAGGCAUAGAGAGGGAGAUGCCCUGCCUGAGGUGGAGAUGCUGCAGCUCCCGUGUCUGUGUCUGGUGCUCUGUGGCCUGCUGACCGGCACACGGGCGGAACCUGGGGCACUGCUGCGGUUGGGCCUGGACGUCUUGAAUCAUGAGGUCCAGAGUGCCAUGGAGGAGAGUCACAUCCUGGAGAAGAUGGCGGCUGAGGCUGGCACAAAGCGACCAGGGGCCAAACCUAUCAAAGGCCUCAGCAAUGUGAAGGUCAAGGACGUCCUGGUACCCGUCAUCACACUGAACUUUGUACCUGGAGUGGGCAUCUUCCAGUGUGUUUCCACGGGCAUGACGAUCACUGGCAAGAGCAUCACAGGCGCUAACAUGGAGAUCACCGUGGUUCUGAACAUCACAGCUACCAACCGCCUUCUGCAAGAUGAGGAGACAGGCUUCCCCAUGUUCAAGAGCGAGGGCUGUGAGAUCAUCCUGGGCAGUGUGAAGACCAACCUGCCUAGCAACACGCCUAAGAUGAUCAACAAAUUCAUAGACAGCACCCUGCACAAAGUCCUCCCCGACCUGAUGUGCCCAGCCAUCGACGCAGUCCUGGUGUAUGUGAACAAGAAGUGGGCCAGCCUGCAUGAUGUCCUGCCUGUGGGCCACAUGGGCACGGUCCAAUAUGUCCUGAUGUCCUUGCCGGCCACCACUGCCAGCCACAUCCAGGUGGACUUAAAGACCGUGGUGCAGCCUCAGAACGGCAAGGCCAUCCAGCUUGAUGAGGCCCCCAAGUUCCCCGAGGACUCAGCCAAAGGCUCGUCACAGCUGCUGCUGUCAGCCACCUUCCUCACCGGGGAGCUGGCACUCCUACAGAAGUCCUUGUAUAUGAAAAUCAAGGACAAGAAGAUUGGUGAGCUGCCCCCACAAACCACCCAGACCUUGGCUGGCUUCAUUCCACAAGUGGCUGAGGCCUAUCCCAAGUCAAAGCGCUUGGUGACAAAGAUCAGGAUAAAGAAGCCCCCGAAGGUCACCAUGGAGCCCGGCAAGAGUCUGCUGCACCUCCACGGCACCCUGGAGAUGUUUGCGGCUAAGCGCCGAGGCAAGGCCCCGGUGUCCCUCUUUCUCCUGGAGACUCACUUCAGCCUGAAUGUCCAGUACUCGGUGCGUGAAAAUCGACUACAGAUGACCACUUCUCUGGAGAGAUUACUGGGCCUGUCCCGAGGGUCUUCAUCGGUUGGUGACUUUAAUGCCAAGGACUUAACCGGCUUCAUCACUGAUUACCUCCGGGAAGCCUAUGUCCCCAGAGUGAAUGAUGUACUCCAAGUUGGAUUCCCACUCCCCGACCUUCUGGCCAUCAAUUACAACCUGGCUGAACUGAGCAUAGUAGAGAACACCCUGGUGCUGGACUUGAAGCUGGAGUGA